GAUGUUGGCGGAGGUCACCGCCCGCUUCCAUAUUUUAACUUGAUGCAUGAGGCACCUGGUCGUCACUCGGGAAAGACCAUGGCACGGAUGCUCUCCGUCUUUACGCUAGUCCUCCUUCAUCGUGUCCUACAGGCGUCUGGAAAACUCGUCUACGUAUUUCUAGCAGACUCCGUGGAUUUAUCACCGAAUUGUGCCGAAGAGCGUUUCUUACUGGUCCAUUCACCGGCACAUAAUCCCAGCACUUCUGACACCGUAGCAACUCGCAUCAAUGGAGUCUGGACGCCAGGCGAAAAGUACAGAAGCCGGACUGAACACUCUUCGACGUCGUCUCUGAUCUUACUCGGUGUAAACUACAACGACCAAGGAUGGUACGAGUCAGAAUGUGGCAGCAGCAGUUUUAUCCCGGCUGUAAAACUGAGGGUCUUUGUCGCCAAUGUCUCUGUCUAUGAAAACGAAACGCUCAAACUUCCUUGCCACUCUCUGACUGCAGAUAGAACUUUUGACAGUAUCAGCUGGGAGAGAAACGGAAAGACCGUGUUUAAACUGGACGUCUCUUCCAGUAAAAUCAGUUAUGGUACUGGGUUUGAAGGAAAAGUGUUUCUGUCACGUGAUUGGUUCUCAGAGGGAGACUUGUCUCUGAUGCUGAAGGGAGUCCGGCUGGAGGAUGGAGGUGAUUACUUCUGCAAUGUCCUUCAUAAAGGGGGGAGAGAGAAGGAAGUUGUUGAUGCUGUCAGGGUGAAUGUCAACAAGAGGAGAGACCGGGAUCAGGUCAACUGCACCCUUUCCCCUGCAUCUAAAGUCCCUGAAGAGAAAGCUCAGAAAUCUUGGGUUAUUGUCUACAUAAUAAUAGCAGCUGUGGUGUCGGGGACUGGAUGCUUUGUAUUUGGCUGGUGGCUGAAGUCUCGCAGUUCCACUCGUGGACCCUGUGAUGGGAAAUAUUCAGGAGUGGAAACUUCUCCUGAGGUCAGUUCCAGUAAUCAUGAAGAGACCGGAAUCUGAACACAUCCAAAUGUAUCUUAAAGUGCCUUUUUUCUAUGAACUUGUGCUUAGUGCUUAUUGUUUUAUCAGUUACAUAGUAGCAGCUAUGUGUGUUGGAUGAGCAUCUACUGCAGGCUUCUUUCUCAUGCUAAAGCUCGCAUGUGUCCAUCUUUUCUAAAUGUCUUUUAGUGCAGUGCACAGUAAACAGUUUUUAUCCUUGCACCAGUGUCUAAGUGAAACAAAAGUCUUGUUUUAACUUCCCUGGAUUGUUGUGCAUUCACUUCUGUUUGUUACCCAUUAGUUAUUGUCACAAGAUGGUACACACAGUCAUCUCUUGAAAUGAAAACUGUCAGCAUAAGCUCCUCUUCACGCUUUACCAAAACAUUAUGCAAGUGAUGACUGUCAGUACUUUAAUAAAUGACUCAUAAAUGAUUGUGGCAGUGAAAGAACAGGUGCAUAUGAAGUCAUCCACUCACAGACCUAUGAAAGUAAGAGAUUUGAAGAUUCUAUGAAUUAGGAACAUUUGGAGGAAUGUUUCUCUCUCGUGUCAGAGUUGUCUGAAAAGUUUCCAACAGCUGUUGCAGAGCCUCCUGUAUAUCUUAAAUAUUACAAUAAAGAGAGAGCGACCACAGAGUGGUGAAAGGAAGUAAAGGAGUUAAAAU